AGCCAACGUACACGACUAUACGGCCCAUGGGCUAUGUCAGUACGUCCCACCACCCGCAUCCGACACGCCAGUUCGGCUGCACUGAAAAAAGAGCCCAGUUCCGCUCGAACGCGGCGCCGCCGCACUCGCACGCUGCUGAGCUCCCGGCGCCGGCGAGCCUCUCUUGCUGCCCCCCGCGCGGAGUGGGCGGCCUCGGCGUGCCGCAGGCCCGGCUCCACGCGGCGUGGCGCCCGAGGGUGUUCCGCCAGUCCAAGUGCCCGGUGGUAUGUACGCCUCUCACACUCGCAGGCUUCUUCGCCGCGACAGGGGAGCCCGUGCCCAUGGCGGCGCCGCCAGGAGGCGCGCGUCGACGCCUCUGUUGUGCCUCAUCGGCGCCAUUCUCCUCGUCGCGAUCUCUCGCCACACCCUGCUCCCCAAGAUGCCAUUCCUGGGCUCCUUUUGGAGAGUUUCAUUGGCACCUGGUGGUUACAUUCCCACGCCCAAAUCUCACGGUGUGAAGUAUGAGCUGCACACGCUCCCUGUGGAUGCAAAGGCUGUGGCUGACGGUGACACGAUCACAGUGUAUGUUGACACGGCUGACCCUCGUGAGUCCGGCAACGUGCCCUGUGAAGUUCAGGAAGCCGCUGCAGAGCGAACCAAGGCGCGGGCGGCCAAGAACUAUGAGAAGGCUGACACGCUGCAGAAGAUUAUAGUGGAUGCUGGAUAUAGGCAAGUUCCUGGCUUGACAGGGGAACAGGUUCUCGCGAAGAAGUACCGGGUCAGGCUAAGAGGGAUUGAUGCACCGGAGAACUCGAUGCCUUAUGGUAGAGAGGCGAAAGAGGAGCUAGUGAAGCUGGUGCAGGGAAGAACGUUAAAGAUUUCCAUAUAUGAUACUGACCGGUAUGGUCGAUUAGUUGGAGAUGUUGACUGCAAUGGUGUGUUCGUGCAGGAACACAUGCUAAAGAAAGGUCUCACAUGGCACUACACUGCCUACGAUCAACGUCCAGAGCUUGCCGAGUGGGAGAAGCAGGCACAAGCGGGCGGGUUGGGCCUGUGGGCGCUGCCUAACCCCGAGAAGCCAUGGGAAUGGAGGAAGGAGAAGCGCACGAGGAAAUGGUGAAUCGUCCGUGACCAGGAAGAGUUUGUUUGAUUCGCUCUCCUGAGAUUCUUAGAGAAAACUAGCUUCAAACACUAUAAUAUGUACAAUGUACCUCAACCCUUUCAUGUUGUAUUGUACUGUAACAGCUUGUGUAGAGUGAAAGCUCAAAGCAGGAAGCAUCGAUUGGUGUGGCCCAAUUAGGGACGCAGUUUCUUCUUCUUCUUUGCAUUAUUACCGUUGUAAACUUGUAACGAUUGCUUGCUGUAAACUAUGAUGGAGUGGUGUCAAUGAAUGGAUAAUGCUAUUUGAUGUGUUGAAUUCAUGCAUACUGCUCGUGCUCGUAGCUAGUGGCAGAACCAUCCAUCAAGAAUUGAGAUUUGCCACGCAAUACGACCCCAAGAUUUCAAGCCAGACCGUGUGUGAACCAAAAAAAGAUAGAUGUGCUGAACAAUCAACGUGUGACUGAACCAAAGUGUGGUCUGCUCAAGGCGGGGCAAGACAAUCAGCAGAGUACGCAGAAGAAAUAAAAAACCAUUGCGAAAUUCCAUUUGUUUUUUUCAUCAGCGAGCAGCUGCGAGAGCGACGACCAGCUGAGGACACCGUGGAGGAUCCUCUACUCCGCCGGGCGCCGGCGACCUUCUUCCACUCCUCCCUCCCGUGCAGUUUUUCCAGAUCAUCGUCUGUAUUUAUUGUACCAAUGUGGUGCUUGCUACUGUCUCGGUCACUUCACAACAUAGCAUGCUGAUGCCCAAUGCUAAUGUGCCGUAGGUGGUUUGACUGUGACCUGGCCUGUACGAGCAGCUUGUGAUCGUUUGAUGCGCUGAGACCAUGAAGCAGAAAUCACAGGGGAUUUCUAGUGGCAUUUACAGAUACACGCACCGCUGCGAGAGUGGAGUUAAUAUUCAUGAUAUCUUUGUUGAGAGGAGCGCGUUCCGGGUGCUGUUUUCAUAUGUCGGUGCGACAUGUCUUCUUGCGAAUGUUUGCCGUACCUUGUUGUCAAAGGAGAGUUUAUGCCUUGGUUCCUUUUGGAGCGUUCCAUUUUCUGCUAUCAUCUCUAAAUGCUUGCAAUACAAUCCUGUGAAGAAAGAGUCAUUGGUGAUCAUGCCAGCUUUUGGUAUUCAGCUAGAACAACACUUUUGGAGUGGAAGAGUAGAUCGCAAGUUUGUGCCCAUCAGCAAGAUCCUACAGCCGGUGCUGAAUGAGUGCGUGACCCCUGUUACCUGCUACUGGAGCUUGGCAUUGCUUCUACGCGAUGAAGACGAGACCAUGCUCGUUUUUCAGAACCUGCAUCCACCCGUCAAACUGUUGCUCCCAAUCUGGAAAGCUCUGUGCGCAUUCACAAACACCGGCAGCAUUAGCCCUUCCGUGGUUCUUCGACAAGAUGAUUUGCACAAACAUGUUGAUCAAGAUGGUGCUGUGGACUCCUGAAUAGUUCCCUGAAGACCUCUCUCUCUGCCGAGUGACAACAGGAUGUUCAGUUGUGUCACCACCAACUGAAGAUCAAUUGUCAAGUGGAGGAUUUUGGUGAUACCACCAGGGGUCUGAGCCUCUGACCCAUCCGGUCAGUCCGACCGAAUUAUUUCUCUUUAGCUGCAGAAGAAACUGAAUGCUCCACUUGUAACUUUGUCCUGGCCAUGUGGUAUUUCUGUCCACUGAAGGAGAUUCACAACAGAAUGUACCAUAAUGUUUUUUUUUUUCAGUUCCUAGUUGGGAAUCCAUGUUCUGGGGUGCAAAUGUAGUGACACUGUAAGGAUGGUCCAACUGCAGAUAAUAAAAUCUCGGACACUUGCAUGCAGUCA